CUGAGAUGCCUAGUGUUAUCCCUUUGCCUUGCAGAGAGUCCCUGGGUAGCUCAAUGGGUAACAUGAUCCACUGCUGACUGAAAGGUUGGUGGUUCGAGUCCACCCAGAGGCACCUCAGAAGAAAGGCCUGGCGAUCUACUUCUGCAAUAUCAGCCACUGAAAAUCUUGUGGAGCACAGUUCUGCUCUGACACACAUGGGGUCACCAUGAGUCAGAAUCUAUGUGAUGAAAAACAACAAUAACAAUCUACCUUGUAGAAACCACAAGGCCACUUAGAAAAUGAGCCUCCAGAGCCAGGCCCUCAGCACUGGGUGGUUCACCCCUGCUCUAGGGCCUUGAAUGCCAACCACGGGCGGGAUCCUCCCCAGUACUGUCUCUUUUUUAAAAUACUUUUGUUCCUGUUGUCAUUGAGAAUACACACAGCAAAACACACAUCAAUUCAAGUUUUACAUGUACAAUUCAGUGACAUUGAUUAUAUUCUUUGAGUUGUGCAACCAUGAUCACCCUCCCUUUCUGAGUUGGUCUUCCCCCUUAACAUACAUUCACUUCCCCCUAAGGUCCCCAUCUAAUCUUUUCAGUUGCUGUUGUCAAUUUGAUCCCAUAUGGAUAGAUCUUAAAAGAGCUUAAGGCAGACAUUCUUUACUGCUUAAGCUAAACUAUUGUUUUUUUUAAAUUGUGCUUUAGAUGAAAGUUUACAGAACAAAUUAGUUUCUCAUUAAACAAUUAAUACACAUAUUGUUUUGUGACAUUGAUUGUGAACCCUGAGAUAUAUCAGCACUCAACCCUGGGUUCCCCAUUACCAGCUUUCCUGUCCCCUCUUCCCUUCUUGUCAUUGCCCUUGGUUGGUGUGUGCCCGUUUAGUUUUAUUUUAUGGGCCUGUCUAAUCUUUGGCUGAAGGGUGAACCUCAGGAGUGACUUCAGCGCUGAAUUAGAAGCGUGUCCAGGGGGACCAUACUCAGGGGUUUCUCCAGUCUCUGUCAGACCAGUAAGUCUGGUCUUUUUUUGUGAGUUUGAAUUUUGUUCUACAUUUUUCUCUAGCUCUGUCCGGGACCCUCUAUUGUGAUCCCUGUCAGAGCAGUUGGUGGUGGUAGCUGGGCACCAUCUAGUUGUGCUGGACUCAGUCUAGUGGAGGCUGUGGUGGUUGCGGUCCGUUAGUCCUUCGGACUACUCUUUUCCUUGUGUCUUUGGUUUUCUUCAUUCUCCCCUGCUCUAGAUGGAGUGGGAUCAUUGGAGUGUCCUAGAUGGCUAUUCACAAGCUUUUAAGACCCCAGAUGCUACUCACCAAAGUAGGAUAUAGAACAUUUUCCUUAUAAACUAUGUUAUGCCAAUUGAGCUAGAUAUCCCCCCAAAACCAUGGUCCACAGCCCUCAGCCCAGUAAUUCUGUCCCUCAGGGAGUUUGGAUGUGCCUAUGAAGCUUCCGUGACCUUGCCUUGGUCAAGCUGUGCUGGCUUCCCCAGUAUUGUGUACUGUAUUACCCUUCACCAAAAUUUAAAAAAAAAAAAAUUACCACUUAUCUAUUGUCUAUUUAGUGUUUAUUAUUUGGUUUUAAGAAGACUUCAGGGAAUAUUUUUGGUUUAAGUCUUAAAGAUUAUUUUAGCACAAUAGUUUUGGUGGUUCAUUCAGCCUCCACGGCUCCAGAAAGUCUGGAGUCCAUGAAAAUUUGAAAUUCUGUUCUGCAGUUUUAACCUUUUGAUCAGGAUUCUUCUAUAGAAUCUUUGAACAAAAUGUUCAGCAAUGGUAGCCGGGCACCAUCCAGUUCUUCUGGUCUCAUGGCAAAGGAGGCAGCUGUUCAUGGAGGCAGUUAGCCACAUCUUCUAUUUCCUCCUCCUGUUCCUGACUCUCCUUCCUCUGUUGCUCCAGGCAAAUAGAGAGCAAUUGUGCCAUGUGUAACCACUUGCAAGCUUUUAAGACCCCACAUACUAUACAACCAACUAGGAGGUAGGCCACCUUCUCUUUCAGAGUUUUCCACAGGCGCCUGCCUGACAUCUGGAGGUGCUCAGUCAGGAUGCUCCCAGGAGGUGCAGGAGGACCUUCAGGAUUUGUGGAGACCUGCUCAGGUGCCUCUGGAAUUUACCAUGUGGAUACUCCAGACCAGAGCUGGAAGGCGACUGGGCAACUGAGGUGCCUCUGAGACCUGGCUUCAAACUGCUGGCCUGGCUUCUCUCCAACCACUGCCUUCUCCUCUCCCUGGCCCCUUCAAUAUUCAGGGUUCUCUUCCUUCUAUGCCUUGGUGACCUCCUGGCUCUUCCGUGUCACUCAUUAGCCAUGGUCUGUCAGUGCCUGAGCGCCCCACCCCUCCCCCACAACCUGCAGGCCAAACCCCAAGCCAAGAAUCUGAUUGUUCCAGCUCAUCUUUUCAGACCAGCCCCCACAAGACCUGUAUCUGGGGCCAGCCUAUCAGAAGGCUGCCCUUGGUCAGUGCUCUUUCCCUGGUCCAAUCCACUGUGGCAGCAGGGUCUGGUCGUGGAUACUAUCUCCCAACCGAGGCAAUCUGGGCAGGGCAACCUGCAUUCUCAUCCCAACUGGGCCACUGGCUGUGUGACCUCUAGCAAGGCGCUUAACCUCUGUGAGCCUCAGUUUCUCCUCACAUCAAUGGACUUUGGGCAGGAUUCUAUGAGAGCUGGGACAAUGGGUGCGAGCUGAGCACUUGGUACAUGGAAGUAGUUAAGAUCAGCGUCGCCACUGGGAUUUUGUCAUUGCGGCUGUGUUUUGGGGGUGUGAGGGAAGGAGUCCCAGUGGCCCAGCCGACUGUUAGGGUUCACAGUGCCUGCCAUUUCUUCCCAGGACAGGACAGGAGAGGGGGUGGCACGCCCACAGACUCUGAGGGCUCCCGGAGCCCUGAGCACCCAGCGCUCCCGCAGCUCCCACACCGUCCGCAGCUCCUGGAUGAGGACCGAGGGGCCAUCGAGGAAGGGGCCGCGGAGCCUGUGGAGGGGAGCAGCGGCCCUGGUCACGCUGUGGGGGGCGAGCAGAUCCGGGAGAAUCCCCUGGUCGAUUCCCCCACCGAGGCCUCGGCAGCGCCCACCACCCAGACCCAUGCCCCCACCGGCUCUCUGGCUGCGGGAGAGGCCAGGCAGGAGCCCAAGCUGGCGCCCUGUGGGGUCCCCAACAUCGGCUUUGUGGGCGAGCCCCCGCCAUAUGCCCCACCCGACCCCAAGGCUGUGCACCUGCUCUACCCGCCCUACCCCCAAGUGCCGGUGCUCUUCCAGCCCGGACCCUCGCCCCAGGCCUUGUACCCGUCGCCACCCGCGGCGACGCCCCUGUACUCUGCCGGGCCUUCACCGCAGCUGCCCCUCUUCUCGUCCCCCGCCGCCGGAGGAGGAGGCGCCUUCCCCUUCCCAGUGUACAACAGCCCAGUGGCAGGCAUGCCAGCCCCCACCACAGUGGAACACAGGCCCCUGCCCAAGGAUUACAUGAUGGAGUCAGUGCUGGUGACCCUCUUCUGCUGCCUCCUUACCGGUCUCAUCGCCAUUGUCUACUCCCAUGAGACCCGCGCAGCCCUGGGCAGGGGUGACUUGGCCCAGGCAGAGGAGGCCUCGAGGAAGGCCCGCUCGCUCGUGCUCUUCAGCCUGCUCUUCGGGGUCUUCGUGUCCACCAGCUGGGUCAUCUACGUGGUCGUGGCGCUCUACCUUCCCUGAGGGCUGGAGGCUCUUGCUGGGAUACCCAGGGAUACCAGGCCUGGCCAGACUGUUUCUGUGGACUCUGGUCCUUGCAGCGGCCAGCUUUUGCCUACAGGGCGGACCAGGGGCCAGGAGAGGGCUGGCUCUGCAGUCGUGGCUGGGCCUCAACCCCUGCAGGUGGCCCAGGGGCCCAGGCCCAGUGGUGGGAGGGCUCCCACUGGAACCUGUUUCCUAGACAUCUCCUCACGAGGUCUCCUGGGGACUGUCCUGAAAGGCUCAUCGUCCAGCCUUUGCCCUCACUUCCAGGGUACUCUCAGAGGGACCAGAGCCCUAGUGUCCUCAGAGCCCUCUGGGAAGGACAUUACAAACUGCCCCUCCCCUUCCCCCCUCUCUCCAGCUUGGCAGAUGGCCCUAGGCAGAGCUGUCAGUAUUUAUUUUUCCCUGUGGGAGAGUUGAGGAGCCUAUCUCUCAGUCCAGGGCUUUCUGCCACCACAGUGUCCUCAUCUCUCCCUGGGAGCUCCUGGCUGGUUGGUCCUCCACCCCUGCCUGUCCCAGGAGAAAGGGUCUUUGAUGCUGAAACCAAAGCCACUAUUCUGGUCAAUAAACAUGAGUGACACCCUGUGCAGAGCUCCAUGUGGCUGCCUCCAGGACAUUGCUACUUCUGGGGUCACUUCCAGGUGGGCGGUGACAUCUACACAUAGCCACCCUCUCUGAGAUGCCCUUAGGAUGUAGACAGCCCCAGCCAGGAUCUGUUGCUCACACUUGCAGCUCUAUCAAGAACUGACACCUCUUCUCCUUGGACCACUUCUUCUAGGGUUGCUUUUCUAGAAACUUCUCUCUCCUCUCUUCAUUGCCUCCUGGCUUCUGCUUACUAUUCUUCUCUGCAGGCCUUUCAGCUUCUGCUCCCUCCAUCUGAUCUCUCUGCUCAAUUCCUAAGUCCUUUAUCUUAUUGCAUAAAGAUGGAGGAUCAGCUGGGGCCCCAUUUGGAGAGAGCCACGCUGAUUGGGGAGCACUCUUAUCCCAGGUCACCCCCGAGGCUGCUGGUCAGCCUCUAGGGCUGUAGAUAGGUGCCUUUUCAUCAGAUGCCAGGAGCCCAGGCCAGUCAGCUGUGGUCCUGAGAACAGCCCUCCAUUUUAACAAGAUUCAAAACCAUAAGCAGAGACAGAGGAGGAAGCCUUCUGUGAUCCUGGUGAAAUUCUGCAGCUUCCCAGCAGGGGGGCACUGUAAUUGGUCAGCAACUUUCUUGGCUUGUCCAGUUUCUGGCCCUUCUAAGGAGUUUCCUAUUUCUUGAAGAAGUUGGGUUUUCCGCAUCUGUAAAAUGGAACAGUAACACAGCCUGAUAACCGCCUGGGUGUUCAAAGGUAAUGGGAGAGUAAGGGUCUUACCCUGAGCUCCAGGACAGCCUGGAACCUCUCAAACAGCAGAGAUGGGAAUCAGUUAAUGUGUGUUUUCCUGGGGAGCAGUCCAGAGCUUUCAGUAGACGACUCACGGAGAUAAAAACCAUCUACAGAACUUAGAGAGAGGAGAAGGGGGCCGGGCAGAGCUGUAAAAGACUGACAGCUCAAGUUCCAUCAAGUGUUUUCUGAGCACCUACUACUGUGCGCUGCUCAGAGCCCAGGCACUGGGAGCCCAAGCAGGAGGACAUUCGCCCCAGCUGUCAAGGUGCUCAGAGAAGCUGGAGAGACAGGAAUGAGAAAGUGAUGAGCAACAAUGCUUGGAGAUCGUGAGGUGGCUUCGUGUUCCAGGACACAGGGCUGGUCCAGAAUCAGGAACCAACACUAAAAUGCAUACCAGCUACAAAGAGACGGAAGCCAUUUUUUUAGUGGGUGAAUAGAUGCCACAAAGUAUUUGAUAAAAACCCAACAGCCACAGCAAUUCUUACUAAGCUCUUAAGUAAAAUCGUAAUUGAAAGAAAUCAUCUAGACCAGUGCUCCUCAGACUUUAAAGUGUCUAUGAAUCACCUGGGAAUCUUGUUAAAAUGCAGAUUCUGAUUCAGUAAGUAGGGCCUGAGAUUCUGCAUUUCUAAAGAGCUCCCAGGUGAUGCUGAAGCGGUGACAGGAACCAACAGCAAAUGAAUGGCACAUUAAGUGGGAAAUUACUAAACCAAUUUAAAAAAAAAACAACAACAAAAGCCAUUAAAACCAGGAUCAAACUAGGGCUGUCCCUAAUGUCUCUAUUACUCAACAUUGUUUUGAGUUUCUAGCGAACGUAAAAAACAAGACAGUGAAAUCUGUAGUAGAAGAAGGAGAAAAGAUGACUCUUGAAUGAGAGUAUCCAAGCAUCACUGAGAGAAGCUUAGAACAGUGACAACCAAUUAGAAGUGGAAAAACUUAAAAUCUAAUAGUGACAGAACAGUAAAACCUAAGAAUAAAUUUAACAAGAAAGAUCUGAGACCCCAAAAAGGAAAUGGUUUUUAAAAUUACCAAAAGAUGGGGAAAAAAAAAAGAAAAAAAGAGAUGAAUAAAAUUUCUGAGAAGGAUGUAAUGUCAUGAAAAUAUCUAUCCUUCUUAAGUAAAUACAAAUUUAAUGUAAUUCUAACAAAACCAAGUUAUUGAAAAUUUGACAAAAUAUUUUUAAAAAUAUGAAAAGUAUGCAAAACUUGCCAAUUUUUUAAAAGUUUAAUAAGGGGGACUUUCUUCACUAGAUAUUCAAACUUUUCAUAAAGCUAGAAUAAUAAAAACAGUAUGGCAUUGACACAGAGAUAGACAAAGAGAUCAGUGAAAAAGUAAUAAAGUCCAGAAGCCACUCCAAGUAUAUAUGAGAACUUAAUACAGGAUGAAAAUGAUAUUCUAACUGAGCGAUUCAAGGAAGGUUCAUGAAAAACACUGGCAGAGUUGGCUAUCUGGCUGGAAAAAAUGCUCUCCUUAUAUGCAAAAUAUAAUUCCAAGUGGAUUGAAGAGCUAAGUAUAAAACUAAAAAAAAGAAGAAAGUCUAGGAGAAUAUUUAUAUAGCUUUGGGGUGCUGGGGCAGUAUGGAAAGGGGAAGCUCCAGAAGUUCUGGAAAGCCAGAGAAAGACUACUAGCUUUGAGUCCUGUGUAUUGGGAAAGCAGAGAUUUAAGCCAUAAGACAUGAUUUUUAUUCAACGGACUGGAAAAAAAUUAGAAAUUGAAUGCAUCUGGAGUUGGCAAAGGGCUGAAGACACAGGCCCCCUCAUUUAUUAUUGGUAGGGUGUGUAUCGCCACUAUCUUUGUGGAAAGUAGACUAACGUUGUCUAUUAAUAAUGUAGGCACCAUAUGUAUAUAUGCAUGUAAGUACAAGGAACAGGGUCUGGAAAGGUAUAUUCCAAACUGUUAACAGUGGCUGCCUUUGGGACUAGAAGGGCUUGCACAAUACACUGAAUUUUAAAAUAUGGAUGUAUUCAUGCAUUAAUUAUGUAAUUCAAAAAUAACUGGACAAAAAUAUCUAUGCCUUUUGACUCAGUAAUCUCAGCUUUAGGAUUCACAGUGGGGAAGAAGACAGUCUGUUUUCCCGGAGUUUACAGUCCUGUGUGAAAAACAGGUAUUUAUCACAUAGGGUAGUAACAGACUGCUAAAGUGCUGGGAAGGAGAGGUACCUCGGGCAAAUCAAAUCUGAAAUGCGGAGUGUAAUGAGAAAAAAAAAAACAAUGCUGCAAUUAAACUAUGAUGCAUCCGUAUUAAAAUAUAAAAUGUAAAAGUAUGUUAAAAUGUAAAAGUGUAUGUGUCUUACAAUCACUAUAAUGUGACAUACAGGUGUUUGACUUGAAAGAGUGAUGAGGGAAAGCUUUCCUUGAGGAAGUGACCUCCCAGCGGUUGUGAAUAUAUUAAGAUCUAAUGCAAUGCUGCCAAACUGCAUUCCAAAGUGGUUGCAUCAUUUUGCAUUCCUCCCCACCUGCAACAGAUGGGCGUUCCAGUUGCUCCACAUUCUCAUCAAACCCUGGGCUUCUGGUAGGUAUGUAGUGGUAUUUCAGCGUGGUUUAAUUUGCAUUUCUCUGAUGACUAGAAAUCUUGAAGAUUUUAUAUGUUUAUUAGCUAUUUGAGAAUCCUUUUAUGAUGUGCCUUUUUAAGUCUUGUGCCUAUUUUUAUGCUGGGUUGUCUUUCUCGCAUGGAUUUAUGAGUCCUAUUUUUUAUAGCCACUGGGGAAACCCUGGUGGCACAGUGGUUAAGAGCUACGGCUGCUAACCAAAAGGUUGGCAGUUUGAAUCCAUCAGGUGCUCCUUGGAAACUCUAUGGGGCAGUUCUACUCUGUCCUAUAGGGUCCUAUAGGGUAGCUUUGAGUCCUAUAGGGUCCUAUAGGGUAGCUUUGAGUCCUAUAGGGUUGCUAUGAGUCCACUAUGAGUUGGAAUCGACUCGAUGGCAGUGGGUUUGGUUUUUUUACAGCAACUGGAAUUCUGCAAUGUUAGAUAUAGUUCUUAUAGAAAAUACCUUUUCCCACUAACAGCUUCUAUAUUCACUUCUUGGUGUCAUCUGAUGAAAAGUUCUCAAUUUUAAUGUAGUAAAAUUUAUCUUUUCCUUUCUGUGGCUUGUUUAAGAAAUCUUUCCCCACUCCUAGGUCAUGAAGAUGUUAUCUUCUAAUUCUAUAAGUUUUAUUGAUUUAUUUUCACAUUUAGAUCUGCUGCCCACCUGGAACAGAUUCCAGGGGUCUUGUACCACUGUCAUACUUCCUUAGUAAUCAUAGCUUGAUAAUAAGUACUGAUAUUGGUAGAUCAGAUUCAAACACCAUCUUUAAGAGUCUUGGCCAUUUUUAGCAAUUCAUAUUUAGAAUAAAUUUUGACACAAAAAAGUUAGGAUUUGGACUGCCACUGCUUUAAAUCUGUAAAUUAAUCUGGGGACAGUUGGCAGCUUUACGUUGUUGAGCCUUCCAAUACAUACAUAUGGUGGCUCUCCUUAUUUAGUUAGGUCCUUAAAUUAAAAAAUUUCCCUCAAUGUAUUUUUCUAGCUUUCUGUGCAGAAAUCUUGCUUAUCUUAUGUUAGUAUCUCUAGGUAUUUGACUUUUUUGAUGCUAUUACAAAUGAUUGGAAACCCUGGUGGCGUAGUGGUUAAGUGCUACAGCUGCUAACCAAGAGGUUGGCAGUUCAAAUCCGCUAGGCGCUCCUUGAAAACUCUAUGGGGCAGUUCUACUCUGUCCUAUAGGGUCACUAUGAGUCGGAAUUGACUCGACAGCAGUGGGUUUGGUUUUUUAUAAAUGAUCAUUUUAUACUUCAUUUUUGUUACUUAUUAGUAUACACAAUCGAUUCUCCAUUGACUUUGUAUUCAGCAAUCUUCCUAAAUUCUUUUUAAUUCUGAUGAUUUAUCUGUAGAUUCUAUUAGAUUUUCUAUUGACACAAUCUUAGCAUCUGUACAUAAUGACAACUUUGUCUUCUUUGCCAAUUCUUACUCCUUUUCUGUGUUUUUCUCAUUGCACUGGCCAGGACCUCCAGUGCAAUGCUGAAUAGAAGUUUUGAUAAUUGGCAAUCUUGUCUUUUUCCAAACUUCAAAAGGAAAGCUUUCAACAUUUUCACGUUUUGUUGUGUGUGUGCAUGAUUUAUAGAAAAACCAUGACUAUUAAAAGACAUUAGAUGAACAUAAUAAAUUGAGAGAUACAUGUAUGAAUAGGAAGAUUUGCUGUCUUAAAGAUGUCAGUUCUCCCCUAGAUUAUAAAUUGAAAGCUAUUCCAAAAAAAAAAUUAAGAGGAUUGUAUAUGGUCUUUGACAAGCAUAUUCUAAAACUUAUAAGAAAGCAUUUCCACUCUGGUGAUGGCAGGCGAGGUAGGUCGGACCAGCCCUCCUGCUGGGGAGCUGUACAAACACACAUGUGUGUACACACAGACUUUAUCAGAUUAGGAAUUCCCUUCUAUUUUUUUUUUUAAUCAUGGAUAUUGAAUUUAAUCAAGUGCUUUUCAUGUAAGUAUUGAGAACAUUAUGUAAUUUAUUCUGUUAAUGUGGUUACUUACGUUGAUUUUCAAGUGUUAAAAUAACUUUGCAUUCCUGGAAUAAAUCCAUCUUGAUCAUGCUGUAUUAUCCUUUUUAAAUAUUACUAGAUUUGGUUUGCUAAUAUUGUAGGAUUUUUGCAUAUGUGUUUGAGUGAAAUUGGCCUGUAAUUUACAUUCUAUCUUUGUUAUGGCUUAGGGUUACGUUGGCCUCAUCAAAUGAGUUAGAAAUUGUUUCAAAUGUCCCUUUGAGUCUCUAAUGACAUCUUUUGCCUUAAAGUCCACUUUUUCUGGUAUUGAUACAGCUAUACAUUUUUUUUUUGGAGGGGGGAGAGGGGGCUGUAUUUGCAGUCUAUCUUUUUUCCUCUCUGUGGUUUUUCUGUUCAUGUUUCACAUCUCCUUGAGUCCCUGGUUGUUUACCACACAUGAAAAAUUAAUCAUUUGAGGCCUAGGAUGAUGUUGUCCUCUUUCAGUGAGACUCUGCACUUGCCCGGCAGGUGCCACGUGCUGACAGGCCAGGAUCAUCUUAACCCAGCUUCAGGGAUGGAGAGAAUUCGAAGCUGGGUUCAGUCCCUGUGAGGCCAGUCUACUUGGAGUUCACCCUUCUCCCUGAGUGUACCUCCUUGGGGUCCCAACUCAAAGCAUGUCGAGUUUUUUUUUUUUUCUUCCUUUUGUCAGAAGUGCCCCCCAGCUUCUCAGCCACCUCUCCUGGAACUGGCAGAACAGGUGGCCUCAAAUGCCCAGGUCACUUCCCUGGGUGUCUGUCUCCUUCUAGAUCUUGGCCCUGUAAUUCCUCACUCUCUUGCUUGCCAGCUCUCUGACUGGAGGCAGAGAUUUUAAAACAUUUUGUAGAGCUCUUCCAGCAGGAGGGUUGGUCUGAAUUACCUCGCCUGCCAUUACCAGGUGGAAAUGCUUUCUUAUAAAUUUUAGAAUACCCUUGUCAAAGACCAUAUACAACCCUCUUAAAAUUUUCUUUGGAAUAGAUUUCGAUUUAUAAUCUAGGGGAGAACCGACAUCUUUAAGACAGUGAAUUUUCCUAUUCAUGACUCUAUCUCUCAAUUUAUUACGUUCGUCUAAUGUCUUUUAAUAGUCUUAGAUUUUUCUAAAAAAGCCUCACAGAUUUCUGGUUGGAUUUAUUCAUGGUACCUUAAGGCUUAUGCUAUUAUAAAUGGUAUCUUUUAAGAACUAUGUUUUCUAACAUUCUUCUGUGGUU